AUGCUGCCGACCUCGCCCUUCACCAGAAAGCAUCGUGCGGCCGUGGUGUUUGCCGAUGAUUCUGGCCUGACGACAAAGCACAGCACCGCACCGCAGAGCACAGCACAGGUCAGGUCAGGUCAGGCAGGUCUGCGCGCGGGCAGCCCAUCGGUGUCGGCAGCACAGCAAGCACAGGGGAAAGCGGGUUGCGAAAGAAAUGGCCUCAGCAUCUCUUUCUGCAUUCUGGCCGUCUUCUAG